CCCCUGUUCGUCUUUUAAAAGGACAUCAACCUUUGGAGGAUAUCGCUGGGGAUAGCUGAGUCCUCCAAUAAGGACUUGGUUGCUGCUGGAGAAGCUUCCACAUCUGUGUGUGCCAGAGGAAAAGAAGGCCGAUUUCCAUAACCAGUUCCGGUGAUGUGUUGAGGGUUCCCCCAGCCACACUCAGAUGACAUUGGAUUUUAUCCAUCCCGGAACGACUUUCAAACAGCUGGCUGGAUGUUCGUCACAUUGAAAAAUACGUAGACCAAGGUAAAAGUGGAACGAGAGAACUACUUUGGUCCUGGGCCCAGAAAAACAAGACUGUCGGUGACCUGUUACAGAUCCUCCAGGAGAUGGGGCACCGGCGAGCUAUCCAUUUAAUUGUGAACCAUGGAGCUGUCUUCCAUCCUUCAGAGCAGAGUCAUCAGAGAGAUAGAUUUCCAAACAUGUUACCCAAGGAAAUAGCCAAUGUCACAGUGGAUAAUGUUCUUACUCCUGAACAUAAUGAGAAAGGAAUAUUGUUUAAAUCCUCCAUCAGCUUCCAAAACAUCAGAGAUGGGACCAAAAAUUUCCACAAAGACUUCCUAAUUGGAGAAGGGGAGAUUUUUGAGGUAUACAGAGCGGAGAUCCAAAACCGAACAUAUGCCAUUAAAUUAUUUAAACAGGAGAAAAAAAUGCAAUGUAAGAAACAAUGGAAGCGGUUUUUAUCUGAGCUUGAAGUUUUACUACUGUUCCAUCAUCCAAACAUACUGGAGUUGAGUGCAUAUUUUACGGAGAGUGAGAAGUUCUGCCUUGUUUAUCCAUACAUGAGAAAUGGAUCACUUUUUGACAGAUUGCAGUGUGUAGGUAACACAGCCCCACUAUCUUGGCAUAUUCGGAUCAAUGUGUUAAUAGGAACCUCCAGAGCCAUUCAGUAUUUGCACAACACAGAGCCAUGUUCGGUCAUCUGCGGCAGUGUAUCAAGUGCAAACAUACUUUUGGAUGAUCAGUUUGAAGCCAAACUGACUGAUUUUGGCCUGGCACACUUCCGACCCCACCUGGAACAUCAGAACUCUACCAUAAGCAUGACCAGCAGCAGCACUAAACAUCGGUGGUAUAUGCCUGAAGAGUAUAUCAGACAGGGCAAGCUCUCCAUAAAAACGGACAUCUAUAGCUUUGGAAUUGUAAUAAUGGAAGUUCUGACAGGUUGUAAAGUGGUGUUAGAUGAUCCAAAGCAUAUCCAGCUGAGAGAUCUCCUUAUGGAAUUGAUGGAGAAGAGAGGACUCGAUUCAUGUCUUUCAUUCCUAGAUAGAAAAGUGCCUCCGUGUCCUCGGAAUUUUUCUGCCAAGCUAUUCUCUUUGGCGGGCCAGUGUGCUACCACGCGGGCAAAGUUAAGGCCAUCGAUGGAUGAAGUCCGAACUACUCUUGAAAGUACUCAAGCCUGUUUGUAUUUUGCUGAGGACCCUCCUACCUCAUUAAAGUCCUUCAGGUGUCCUUCCCCUCUAUUCUUGGAUAAUGUACCAAGUAUUCCAGUGGAAGAUGAUGAAAGCCAGAAUAAUGAUUCACACCCUCAUGAUAAAGGUUUGAGAAAAGAUAGACCGACUCCAAGAGUUCCAUUCGAAUGCAGCCAGUCUGAGGUUACAUUUCUGGGCUUUGACAGAAAGACCGUGGGUGAGAGAAAUGAGGAUGCUUGCAACAUGCCCAGUUCUUCUUGCAAAGAAAGUUGGUCUGCAAAGUAUGCAGCUCUAUCCCAGGACCCAAGGGCCUAUGGAACAGAUCUGGACCCCUCUGUGGAAGCUCCAGGCCAUUCUCACAGGAGCAGACCAGAGGAGACAAGCUGUUCCUUCGAAUUUUCCUGGAAUGAAUAUGAACAGUAUAAAAAGGAAUCAAUUUCACCAGAAGAUGAAGAAGAAAGCAAGUAUUGCUAAGGCACUGAGUACAGGUAUCAUCUUGGGAAAACAUUGUUACCAUAAGUAAUGCUAAAAGGGAUAUAGAUGAUGAGUUUGGGUGCUGCAGAUCUACAAUCUGGACAAUUCUAUUUCUUCCUUCCCAACUCCCAAAACAGAGUGGCUCAAACCUAGGCUAUCUGAGAGCCAUUCAAAAUUACUUAAGAUCAUGAGCUGUGACUUUAGACAAACAAAACCUACCAACAAGGAACUAGAUUCUACUGUCUUCUCCAUCAUCAUCAACAUGAGCCCUAGUGCCUCCAGUCUGCUAAGUACGUUCAGUUCAGUUAGAUACCAUUGUUCAGUUUGGCUUGCUUGCAAAGGUUAUAGGAAGUGGCUAACUUGUAAAUGUUAACAGAUGCUUUUUUAAAGAAUUACUUUUGUGUUUAUCUUAAUUAAACCUUAGUAUUUUUCUGUUC